UUCAAUAACGCAGCAGGCGAUGAGAAAAGUCGAAGACCUGAACCCAAACUAAAACGGAAAACCCAAAACCAAAUUCAAACUCAGAGCUCAAUUCAAAAAAACAAACAAAUCACCAGACAUAGGCAGACAAACAACGAAAACUUUGAUUGACAUUUCAAUUAAAUUAUAGCCAAAGUCGUUGGCAAAGUCAUUUGCGACUCCUGCUAACGAAAGAUGUUUCGUUUGCAAAAAGUUUUGCACACCGAAUAUAAUGAGAUCUAUGAGCCGCUGAUGGUGGAGUCACCCUUCACCCUGGUCGAUGCACAUGGCGUGGGCCUGCGCCAAUAUCAAAUUGGACUCUCGAGCAGCAUGCUGCUGUUUGGCUGUGACAACUUCUACAAGCACGGCUCCGAGCAAUGCGGAGAUCCCAAUUGGCAAUACAAUAUUCUGGAUGCGGAAAUCGAGUGCUUUGAUCUGAUCAGCCUGGUGCCGCUGGAAUAUGUACGUUUUAAUUUCUAUCGCAAGUACGAUCGGUGCAUAAUGAUGAUUAGUGUGCCACCCAAUGGGAAUCAGCUACCGCCGGAUCGUCCGAUGAUCUUUGAGUUUGGCGGCCACAUUCACAAGCAAUACUAUUUUCAGACGUGGCGCGAAUGUGUCGCCUGCUUAAGGACAUUCCUGCCAAGGUUGAGACACAUCAACGGCGCCUCACCCUUUUCGAGCACCGACAUACAGGUAGACGAGGUGCAACACAUUGCCCAGGUGCAUGUGCCACAUCGACCGCAAUCCGUCUACAGCAUGUGCUACAGCUCAGCGGGUGGAGCCUAAAUGGGCAAAAAACUAAACUUUUCACAUUUUACAUCGCAUGCAUAUUUUAUAGAUGGCUAAGCUGCUUUGCGAAGCUUUUACUCCUGCUGUUGCUUCUGCUGCUGUUGCUGCUGCCAAUUUUAUUAAUGCACAGCAAGUUGUGCUGCAGCAGGCAAGUCGUGUCUUUAUAUGUGUAUUAAAAAGCCACAUCUUAAAGCCACUUUUCG